UCAGGACAGCGAGGGGGUGUGUGUGUACGGUCGUCGCACCUCAGCAGACCAUGUGCUCAAGGGAUGCCCGCACCAAACAACUCCGCCAGUUACUGGAAAAGGUGCAAAACAUGACGCAAUCAAUCCAAGUAUUGGACCAGCGGACCCAGAGGGACCUGCAGUACGUUGUAAAGAUGGAAGAUCAGCUCCGUGGCCUGGAGACCAAAUUCAGACAGGUGGAGGAGAACCACAAACAAAACAUCGCCAAGCAAUACAAGGCCAUAAAGGCAAAAAUGGCGGAGCUGCGUCCGCUGAUUCCAGUACUGGAGGAGUACAAAGCGGAUGCGCGGCUGGUUCAGCAGUUUAAGGAGGAGGUGCAGAACUUGACGUCCAGCCUCGGCCUCCUCCAGCAGGAGAUGGGAGCCUAUGACUAUGACGACCUGCACUCCCGCGUGAUUAGUCUUGAGGAGCGGCUACGUGCGUGCAUGCAGAAGCUUGCGUGUGGUAAGCUGACCGGCAUUAGUGAUGCAAUCACUAUUAAAACAUCCGGGUCUCGGUUCGGAUCCUGGAUGACAGACCCUCUUGCUCCUGAAGGAGACACAAGGGUGUGGUACAUGGACGGCUAUCAUAACAACCGUUUUGUGCGGGAAUAUAAGUCUAUGGCGGACUUCAUGACGUCGGAUAACUUCACGUCUCACCGCCUGCCGCACCCUUGGUCCGGGACGGGUCAGGUGGUCUACAACGGCUCCAUCUAUUUCAACAAGUUCCAGAGCAACAUGAUCAUCAAGUUUGACUUCAAGACGUCCACUAUAAGUAAAUCUCAGCGUCUGGACAACGCGGGCUACAGUAACACCUACCACUAUGCCUGGGGUGGACACUCCGACAUCGACCUCAUGGUGGACGAGGGCGGGCUCUGGGCCGUCUACGCCACCAAUCAGAAUGCGGGGAACAUAGUCAUCAGCAAGCUCCACCCCCUGACCCUGCAUAUAAUCCAGAGCUGGACGACCAAUCACCCGAGACGCAGCGCCGGGGAGUCAUUUAUGAUUUGUGGGACGCUCUACGUGACCAACGGCUACUCGGGAGGGACGAAAGUCUACUACGCCUACCACACCAACUCCUCGACGUAUGAGUACAUUGAUAUCGUUCUGCAGAACAAGUACUCGCACAUCUCCAUGCUGGACUACAACCCACGAGAUCGCGCGCUGUACGCCUGGAAUAACGGACAUCAGGUCCUAUACAACGUUACGCUUUUCCACGUCAUCCGCUCGGAGCAACUGUAACCUUGGAGGAUUUGAGUGGGAGUAUCUGAAGACAAUCUUUAGCAAUGUUCUUCGACGGAUUGUUAUAAAAAAAAUGCUAUGCUGAAUGAAAACUAAACCUGAACAAUAGACAUGUGAAUGGAAAAUAGAACACAAAAUCAUGAACAGAUGCCAAAAAUAUAAAAAAUAAAUCAACAAUGCCACGCCUUUCUUUUUUUUUUUUUUAAAGGACUUUACUUUCUAGGGCACUGUCUGAUCAGAUGUUUUCCAGUAGCACUAAAAAGACAUUUCUCCAUGCUUUUCUGCGCACUGAAAUGUAGGGAACGUUGGGAUUAGUCACGAACUAGUAGCCCACACUCAACCUCAUAAACUGAGCGUGUGCAGGAAAACCGAUGGUGCUUCACUUGGCAAACUAACACGGACGGUUUACCAGUCUGUGCAAUAUCCUAAGUCCAACCUGUGUGCUUUGCAAAGCUAAUUUCUUUAGGAAAAACGAAAAAAAUGUGAUUGGGUGAAGGCGUUGACUGUUGAAAGCUCGUUCAAAGGAUUCUCGUGAGAUUUUACUUGAACUUACCUGCGAUUAAGUUGCUGUGAUGCGGACCAUAUCAUGGUAUUUUAUAAUGACCUACAUGUAUGUAGCACCUGAGAACAGACCAAAGCGUGCUAUUAAAGUCGACAUGAAAUCACACAUUCCCUUACACACUUAAUAUGCAUAAUUACCAUAACUUGCUCCACCUCUGAAACAACCUUCACUAUUGGAUCCAGAAAACGUAUCCAUCAUUCUGGUCAUAUUUACCAGUGCAAUCAAUUCCCAAUGAAUAAAAUCAAGUCUCUCGUACAGCGUUUUUCUUGUUGAAUAUCCUAAUAACACAGAAACAUAAUUUCAUGUUGACUUUAAAUCUUCUCUGGUGAGUUUAUCACCCUUCAGGCUACUGAUAGACACAUUGUUGUGCUUGUAAAUGGAUGUCAGCUGCAUCUGUAUCAUGAUUGCUACGAUACACCAACUCUGUGUAACAGAUGUGCCAGUUUUACUAGCAGAUGGUUCAGGUACAAUCUUACUCCGAUUUAGUCUCCGUGCUGGUGAAUUCUUGUAAAAUGAUCCUUUAGUUUUGCAUGAGCAGUUUUUACGUGCGCAGGUGUGCUCAAAGCAAUGUUUACCUGUGUGAUGCUGUACAUGACUGAUUUGGGAUCGGGAGGGGGGGAGGUUGGGGUUGGUUAUAGUCUCUUAAAAAAAAAAAGAUGCUUGUUUCUAUCUGGUUUGUUUCGAGUGGAUUGUUCCUUAACGCCCAUGCUUGAUUUUUGUAGAUUUACAGUUUGAUGUUUUUUGUAAUUUACAGUAGUACAGUCUGCUUGGGUGAUGCUUCAGUGUCUUUGUUUUAGUUCGUUGGCGUUAGAAAUCCACAUUUCUGUCAUGAAAAAGAUUGAUAUCAGAAUGUAAAAUGUCUCAUUUGGACGACAUCUAAAAUAUGAAUAUGAAUCAUUGAGCAGUCUAAUAUAUAAUGUAAUCAUUUUAUCAAGGCUCAUACUGUCUUAUGAAGCUAAUUAGCUAAAGCUAUUUCCAGCUGUCAUUCUUUUUGUGCUUAGCUGGAUGUGUGAUGUACCUACAAUACGAUGAUUCUUAUCAAUAAA